AAGAGUAGACGCAGACAAGAGCAGAAUGAGUCUUUUACCUGAUCAAUCGACAGGUGAAAACUCCAACCUCUCAAGCAUUUCUGCAUCUCGUCAGUCGGAGUCCGGGUCUUCAACAGCAGGAGGUUUUGACGCCAAUACACUGGACAGCAGCAAUUUGUGUGCCGUGUGUGGUAAAGUUGCUGAUGAGAACAGAAGGGUGAUCACUGCAGAGUACUGGAGGGAAAUAAGGCAGUUGUUUCCAGGGAAAGAAAACACAGAAAUCUCAAGCAGACAGAGUUUGAUAUGUACAGAGUGCCAUGUGGCCUGCUGUAGAAAGCGUGAAAAGGACAGACAUUCCCCCAUGGUGGUAGACGGUGAAGAUGGA